UUACGUGUACACCUAUAACUUACUUCCUGGUUGUCGUCUGUAGCAGUUGUGUUAGCGAACGACCAAAUAAUUUGGUCGUUCUGACGUAUCUAUAUGCUUUAUAUCAUGCUUUCGGAGCACUACGGAAUACUAUUCAAUCACUCAAGAUGGUCAGGGGUGUAGAAGCUGUGUCCACAUUGUUUUGGAUAGUUUUGUUGAGUAUAUUUCCAUGGAUUCGAAUGAGUAUCAACCUGAAGAAAAACCUGACACUUAAUGCAACGCCUUGGAAUGUCAACUAUCCGGUAGCCAAGAUCACAGACGGAUAUUACGGCCCUUUCGAUACAGGUAGUUGUAUGGCCGCCAUUGCAGUAAACAGCGCAGCAUGGUGGCAAGGCACCCUGCCUAGGAAGGCAAGAAUACAGAAAAUCGACAUUGUAUUUAGAAUUCCAGAUCGUGCCGAUGGCUUUGCCUUGUGGAUAUCAAACGAUACAGGUAUACCGUCUGGUAUCAAAUGUUACGAGGAUGUGGACGCCGGCUACCCGAACUUAACUCAAAACAUCACAUCGUGUAACAGAACCGGUCAGAGAGUCAUGAUAAUCAUCACAAGGACACCACCAAAAGAAGCGUAUAUGGACGUGUGUGAGGUGGAUGUGUAUGGUAAUUUAUAAUUUGAUGAGUUACUUAACGCCAGAGAUGAUUUCUAUGCAGAAUAUGAAACCGCCGAUAAAUUCAAUGUUGUUUUACACAUACAUAUGGUGACCAGUGUCAAUUCAAUUGUACCAACUGUAAACACGGCUGUGACCCUGACAAUGGAGUUUGUGA